AUGCUAGAAAAUCAGGCAAGUCUGUUAAACAAUGGAGAUCGAGAUUAUGAAAAAAAGUCAACGAAAUUAGGUGACAAAAAUCAUGGUCAGUCAAAAAAUUUGGCUGAAACCAAAGCUCUUUAUGAUAAAUUAUUGCAACUAGAUCCAAAUGCAUAUUUCCAACCUGCAACAGAAGAAGAAAAGCAUAAAGAGCAAGAAUUUUUUGAUAAAUCUGAAAUCGAGGAAGCAAAUCUUCAGCAUGAAACAUUUCCAAUAGUACAGCCAAAAAUUAAUGAGUCAGAGACUCGAGACUAUGCCUUUUCUGAAGCUGGUCCAGGCCCUCGUACCCAAGCUCAUCGUGAAGAAUUGCAACCUGUUCAAGAAUUGCCUAUUCAUGAAGAAGAAUUUCUAGAUUUAGAUGUAGAAACUGCAAAGAAUAUGUUUAAAGUAGAUGGAGCUGAAUAUGCUUUCUCAACCUGGUUUACAGAAGCUAAAGAGAUAGAUUUGGCCAGUAUAAUAUUAGAAGCAGAAAAUGAUGAUGAAGCUAUGCAGGAGGUAUAUUUACAAUGCCUAUAUCGGAAUUAUUUAGAAGAAGAAGAAAUCAAUGAAAUCAUAAAAUUGCCAGUAGAUGCUUAUAGAGCAUCAGAUAAAGGAAAUAAAUCUCAAACAAAGAUUGCUUUUAAAAUUAUUGAUAAAUAUGAGCCUAUUCGUGAAUCAAAAAAGGCAGGUGAAAAAUAUGUCAGAAGUGGUCCAAAUGUUAUACUUACAAAGAAAAUGAAACCAGGAUUUUGGGUAAGAAUAGAUAAAAAAUUUUUGGUUAGAGAAGUCAGUGAGCAAUCUGAGCAUGGACUCACAGAAAUUCAUCAGCAAAAAAUAAAUGAUUUGGAGAAAAAAAUGUGCAUUCCAGGUGCUCAAGUACAAAAUGUAGCAGAUGAAAAGUAUCGAUCAGAUAAGUAUGAAGAAAUCAGAAUAGUAGUUCAUAAUGGCUAUGCAUUUCCAAGAAACCAGCACUUCUCAAGAAAUCAAAUGAUCGAAUAUUAUAAGGGUAAUAUAUGGGAAGCUAUCAGUAAUGCCCUCAGGAGACCUCAAGCAAUCUGGCUUAUGGGAGUGGAGAAUACGAGUCAAACAAUAUUCCAGUUUGUUCUAGAAGAUGGUUGCAUAUUUAGAACAUGGAAAAAGCAUACAGAAAUUAUAGAAGCAUGCAAACAACUGGUCAAUGAUACAAUAGAUUGGCAAUAUCAGGAAGGAAUAAUCAAUAAGAAAAAGAAAUUGAUUUUUUCAGAGUCUCUAAAAGUUGUUGAUUUAGCCGAGCAGAUAUUUGGUGCAAACUAUGCUGGAAGCCGACUCGCUAAUGAAAUCAAUGAAUGGCAUCCAAUAUCUGGAAAAGUAAAUGAAAAUAUAAGGCAAGCCUAUAAAGGUGAGCUUGAUUUCUUGAUCAAAGAUUGUACUGAUGCUGGAACUUUUGCUAGAAGAAAAAAAUAUCCACUCAGAUUCAUACUUACAUAUUACAAGGAACAUCAACCUCAAUAUACAUAUUUGCAGGUUUUAAUGUUAGCAUAUGUGUAUAUUAAUUUGUUAGAGAUGCUUCAGAGAUUUGAUCCUAAUAAAGUAAUAAGGAUUGCUACAGAUUCUAUAUAUGUACAAAAAGAGGCUUUAUAUAAGAUCGAAAAUAUACUAGCAUUCUUCAAGCAAGUUGAGGUAAAGUCAGAUCCAAAUUUAUGUUCACACUAUCCUUCUUGUGCAAUGUGUACUGAUCCAGAAGAAUUCUUUAUUUCAAAAUCUGAAUAUGCAAAAUGGAUUAAAGAGUUCCAAAAAACCAAAACACCUCUAAAGAACAAGAAAUCCAAGAAAUUCAACCCAGUCAAAUGGCAUGACAAAGGUGAAAAAAUAUAUGGACCAGUUACUAAUAUUGUAUACUGGCCAAAGAAUAGACAUUGGGAAUCAAUCAAAAAUAUUUCUGAAAGUACAGCACCCUCGAUUCAUAAUCUUAUUACAAGAUGUCGGAAAUCAUAUCUUAAUAAAGAAGGUGGUUUAGAAAAAACAAUGCAUGCAAUUCGAAUUUUCAAAAAUAUAAACAUGGUUGUAUUUACUUAUACAAAUGCAUUAGCUAAAGAUUUUGAAGAAAAACAUAAUGUAAAAGCUCAAACCUGGCAUAGUUUCUUCAGAUGGAAUGAAAUUCCUGGUCUAUCUGAAAAGAAGGAGUUAGUAAAAAAUAACAUAGUAUACUUAUCCUUAAAUAUACUUUCUGACAAAUUAUUAAAAGAUAUGUUGGUGGAUAAAAAAGUCAUAGAUUGGAAACUUGGAUAUGCUAUGACUAUUCAUACUAGUCAGAGGAUGACUCUUAAGUUACCACAGUGUGUUUGGAUUAUUGAUAAAAACUUAGCUUGGAAUAAUCUAAUAUAUUUGGCAGUUGGUCAUGUGGAAUAUUUAAACCAACUCAUUCGGAUUGAAGUGCCUUCAUUACUUCCUGAAAUUGUCCAAGAAAUUGAGAAGGCAAAAAAGAAAAGACAGCUAAAGCACAAAUUGAGACUGUCUAUUCAGGAAAAACUUAUCAGAUAUAUAAGCCAGAACAAAGAAAAAGGUUGUAAAUUUGAUCUAAUAGUUGACUAUAUCCUCACAUUAAAAUGUAUUCAAGAAGACAAAUGCACAUCAUGUCUCAUCGAAAUGAAAUUCGAAUAG